CCCCCUCCCCUCUCUCUCUCUCUCUCUCUCUCUCUCUCUCUCUCUCUCUAUACAUAUACAUACACAAUUCCGAUCAUCUCUCCGCUUCACAAUUCGACGGAUAUAUAUCGGGGUAUUAAGAACAUGUUGCGAUCGUGUUACAGGCCGCUGGAGAGGUGCUUAGGGCUAUGGAGCGGUGACGGACUGCUGUGGCACAAGGACUUGAAGCCCCACGCCUCCGGCGACUUCUCGAUCGCCGUCGUUCAGGCAAAUUCCACUCUCGAAGACCAGAGUCAAGUGUUUACGUCGCCGUCGACUACCUACGUUGGGGUUUACGACGGCCACGGCGGUCCUGAAGCUUCUCGUUUCGUCAGUCAACACCUCUUUCCUUACCUCCAUCGAUUUUCCUCGGAACACGGAGGACUAUCAUCAGAGGUAAUAAAGAAGGCGUUUAGUGCGAUUGAGGAGGAUUUUGUACAUCUGGUAAAGCGAUCGUUCCCGGUUCGGCCAAAGAUAGCUUCAGUUGGGUCUUGUUGUCUUGUUGGCAUGAUUUCAGAUGGUGUACUAUAUGUGGCGAAUCUCGGAGACUCUAGGGCAGUUCUUGGAUGUAGAGUUUCCGUGGGGCAUACGAGUAGAGUGGUGGCACAACGUCUGUCGACGGAUCACAAUGUCGCGUCUGAAGAAGUGAGGAAGGAGGUCGAGGCACUUCAUCCCGAUGAUUCAGCUAUUGUGGUCAAUUGCCGUGGAGUUUGGAGAAUUAAGGGCAUAAUUCAGGUAUCAAGAUCUAUUGGAGAUGUAUAUUUGAAGAAACCAGAGUUGAACCGGGAUCCAAUUUUCCAGCAGUUUGGAAACCCUCUUUAUUUGAGAAGACCUGUACUGACUGCUGAACCCUCUAUCCUUAAGAGAAAGCUGAAGCCUGAAGACUUAUUCUUGAUAUUUGCUUCAGAUGGACUCUGGGAGCAUUUGAGCGACGAAGCAGCAAUUGAGAUCGUUUUCAAGAAUCCAAGAUCCGGCAUAGCCAAGAGGUUGGUGGGAGCUGCCCUUCAGGAGGCUGCGAAAAAGAGGGAGAUGAGAUACAAGGACAUCAAGAAAAUUGAAAGGGGGGUUAGGCGACAUUUCCAUGAUGAUAUCACCGUGGUUGUCAUAUAUCUUGAUCAUCAAAAUAGCUCCGCAAGUGGUAGAUUUAAACGCAGCGCUGCUGGCUACACCACCGCCCCGGUUGACAUCUUCUCUAACUCUGAUUAAACCAUGGGAAAAAGUGCACAUCACACAGUUCAAUCAACAAAGAAAAAUCUGACUAAGGUUGGCAUGACGAAACCACCAUAGGCUAGCCCGAAAACAAUAUGAAAAGGAGAUAUGCGAGGAGGUUUAUUGUUAUUUUUAUUUUUUCGGAAGGAGUGGAUGUUUUCUGGAAGUAUACAGGUGUGAUGUAGAUAUCAUUGUGUAUAGGUGUUAGGUUUUAUGACUUGACUUAUGAGUUAUGAAAGCUCUAACCACAUUAUUUUGGUUA